ACUACACCUAGUCAGACACAAUGUUGGCGCUCUUGGUUCUGGCGACUGUGGCCCUGGCAUCUGCUCAUCAUGGUGGUGAGCACUUCGAAGGGGAGAAGGUGUUCCGUGUCAAUGUUGCAGAUGAAAAUCAAAUUAACAUAAUUCGCAAGUUGGCCAGCACCACCCAGAUUGACUUCUGGAAGCCAGAUUCUGUCACACAAAUUAAACCUCACAGUACGGUUGACUUCCGUGUCAAAGCAGAAGAUGUUGUCACUGUGGAGAAUGUUUUAAAGCAGAAUGAACUACAAUACAAGGUACUGAUAAGCAACCUGAGAAAUGUGCUGGAGGCUCAGUUUGAUAGUCGGGUUCGUGCAACAGGACACAGUUAUGAGAAGUACAACAAGUGGGAAACGAUAGAGGCUUGGACUCAACAAGUCGCCACGGAGAAUCCAGACCUCAUCUCCCGCAGUGUUAUCGGAACCACAUUUGAGGGACACGCUAUGUACCUCCUCAAGGUUGGCAAAGCUGGACAAAAUAAGCCUGCCAUUUUCAUGGACUGUGGUUUCCAUGCCAGAGAGUGGAUUUCUCCAGCAUUUUGCCAGUGGUUUGUGAGAGAGGCUGUUCGUACCUAUGGACGUGAGAUCCACAUGACAGAGCUUCUUGACAAGUUAGACUUUUAUGUCCUCCCUGUGGUCAAUGUCGAUGGCUAUAUCUACACCUGGACCAAGAACCGAUUGUGGAGAAAGACUCGCUCCACCCAUGCUGGCUCUAGCUGCUUUGGCACAGACCUCAACAGAAAUUUUGAUGCUGGUUGGUGCAAAAUCGGAGCCUCUCAAAACCCCUGUGAUGAAACUUACUGUGGAACUGCUGCAGAGUCGGAAAAGGAGACCAAGGCCCUGGCUGAUUUCAUCCGCAACAACCUCUCUUCCAUCAAGGCAUAUCUAACAAUCCACUCAUACUCCCAAAUGAUGCUCUACCCUUACUCAUAUGAUUACAAACUCACUACCAACAAUGUUGAGUUGAAUGCCCUGGCUAAAGCUGCUGUGAAAGAACUUGCCACACUGCACGGCACCAAGUAUACAUAUGGCCCAGGAGCUACAACAAUCUAUCCUGCUGCUGGGGGCUCUGAUGACUGGGCUUAUGACCAAGGAAUCAGAUAUUCCUUCACCUUUGAACUCAGGGAUAAAGGCAGAUACGGCUUUCUCCUUCCAGAAUCCCGGAUCCGGGCGACCUGUGAGGAGACCAUGCUGGCAAUCAAGCACGUUGCCAGCUAUGUCCUGGAACACAUGUACUAGUUGAGAAAGCUGAUGGCCUUGUUUUAAAAUGCUCACUUUUCAUUUCUUUUCUUUCUUGAAUCCCUAUUUUGGUUUGCCUGGAUGUUUUAUAGAUCUCAAUCUUUCUUUUAAACAAACUUCUGGGUCUAUUAAACUAGGUAGAUCUUUUCAUACUGAUCAUAAUAAAAGUAAAUCAUUACCAUUGGAAAAA